AAAUUAAAUGCCAGAAUCCAGAGACCAGAAGUAAAAAAAUAAAUUGUCCCCUCUGCCUGGAACCGACGAUCGCCAUAGCCAAGACAUCCCGUCACCGUCGCCGGCGACCGCUCAAUUUUGGGAUAGUCCAAAGGUUUCAUUUCCAUGUUUCUGGCCGUAUGAUUUCAGUUUAACCAAGAUUGCAUCCUAAGAUUUGAGACAACUAUGGUGGGGGCUAAUAAACAGUCUAAAGUCUAUCCAUCAAUCCGGAUGCCAAAUGGAAAUUCUCCUCAGCCUUUGAGGGGAGGUGGUCUGGCAUGUAUGAUAAAUUCAGAAAUAGGUGCAGUUUUGGCUGUGAUGAGGAGAAAUGUAAGAUGGGGAGUCCGAUACAUGGCAGAUGAUGAUCAUCUAGAGCAUCCUCUUAUUAUUUCUCUCAAGGAGUUGCGGAAAAUGAUCUUUUCGUGGCAACAUCAGUGGGACAACAUCAGUCCUGUUCUUUACCUCCAACCAUUUUUGGAUGUGAUCCAGUCUGAUGAAACUGGUGCACCAAUAACCGGGGUUGCUUUGUCAUCAGUUUACAAAAUCUUAUCAUUUGAUUUCCUUGACAUAAAUACUCUAAAAGUAGACGAAGCUUUGAGUAAGAUAGUUGAUGCUGUGACAAGCUGCAGAUUUGAGGUGACUGAUCCUGCAUCUGAAGAGGUAGUGCUUAUGAAAAUACUUCAGGUUCUUUUGGCAUGCAUAAAAUGCAAUGCCUCGUCGAAAUUAACCAACCAGCAUGUGUGCAACAUUGUGAACACUUGUUUCCAUGUAGUUCAUCAAGCUAGCUCUAAAGGCGAAUUACUACAGAGAACAUCACGCCAUACAAUGCAUGAAUUGGUUAGAUGCAUCUUUUCAUAUUUACCUUCUAUUGAGAAUGGAGAAGAUGCGUUGUCUGAUGGGGACAGGGCACAUGGUCAGGAGGCCCAUCAACAAGAUGCAUAUAAUGCCGAGGGUGAGCUACUGGGUAAUGGUUAUGUCAUUUUGGGAAGAGUUGGUGAAUCACCACCACCUGAUGGAUUUACUUCAAAUGGCUCUAAUGCUGACUUGGGUAACAAAACUGAGGAGGCUGCUAAAACUGCAGACCCUGUUACAAUGGAGCCAUAUGGUAUCCCAUGCAUGGUUGAAAUAUUUCAUUUUCUAUGUUCUCUUUUAAAUGCCAUGGAGAACAUAGACUUUGGUCCUAGAUCAAAUCCUAUAGCAUACGACGAAGAUGUCCCACUCUUUGCUUUGGGUUUAAUCAAUUCGGCUAUAGAAUUAGGCGGGGCAUCCUUUAGCCGACACCCUAAAUUAUUGGUCUUGAUCCAGGACGAACUUUUUCUUAACCUCAUGCAGUUUGGGUUGUCAAUGAGUCCUCUUAUACUUUCAAAAGUCUGCAGUAUUGUUCACAAUCUGUAUUAUUUUCUUCGCUCAGAACUUAAACUACAGCUCGAAGCCUUUUGCUCUAGCGUCCUCUUGAGGAUUAUGCAAAGCAAGCAUGGAGCAUCGUACCAACUACAAGAGGUUGCCAUGGAAACACUUGUUGACCUUUGUAGACAACCGUAUUUUAUUGCUGAGAUGUAUGGAAACUUUGAUUGCAACAUAUCAUCCAGCAACUUAUUUGAAGACAUUGUUAAUCUUUUAUCAAAGAGUGCUUUUCCUGUUAAUGCCCCAAUGUCUGCUAUACAUAUUCUUGCAUUGGAUGGGCUGAUUGCCAUGACUAAAGGUAUGAAUGAAAGAAUGACGAAUGAAUCUCCAAUUCCAGAGAAAAUGCCAUCUGACCUUGAAUCGUAUACCUCAUUCUGGACAGUGGCGUGUGAGAACUACAAUGAUAUUGAUAGUUUGGUUGCGUUUCUUCGUAAUAUGAAAUAUAUCAAGAGAAAGUUGACAAUUGGAGCGGAUCACUUCAAUCAAGAUCCGAAAAAAGGUCUGGAGUUUCUCCAAAGUGUGCAUUUGUUGCCUGAAAAACUCGACCCGACAAGUGUUGCGUGCUUUUUCAGAUACACGAAGGGUUUGGACAAGAAUUUUGUCGGAGACUACCUAGGCAAUCACGAUGAUUUUUCUAUUCAAGUGUUGAAUGAAUUUGCGAGAGCUUUCGAUUUCAGGGGCAUGAAUUUGGAUAAUGCUUUGCGGGUUUUUCUUGAAAAUUUCAGACUGCCCGGUGAAUCGCAGAAGAUACAGAGAGUGCUUGAGGCAUUUUCUGAAAGAUAUUAUGAACAAGAACCGAAUAUUCUAGCGAAUAAGGAUGCUGCUUUGGUGUUGUCAUAUUCGAUUAUACUUCUCAAUACAGAUCAACAUAAUACACAGGUGAAGAAGAAGAUGACUGAAGAAGAUUUCAUCCGUAACAACAGGAGAAUUAAUGGAGGCAAUGACCUUCCACGGGAUUACCUGUCAGAGCUCUAUCACUCAAUCUGUCAGAAUGAAAUAAGGUUGACGUCAGAGCAAGGUGGUAGUCUUCCUCUUAUGAUGAUACCAUCCAAUUGGAUUGGCCUGAUGCACAAAUCCAAGCAAGUUACUCCAUUUAUUUCUUGUGAUUCCUUGGCUCACCUUGACUACGAUAUGUUUGCUCUCCUUUCUGGUCCCACAAUCGCUGCUAUCUCCGUUGUCUUUGACCAGGUUGAACGUGAAGACGUUCUUCAAACUUGUGUUGAAGGAUUCUUAGCUGUUGCAAAGAUUGCAGCCUGUUACAAUCUAGAGGAAGUCUUGGAUGAUUUGGUUGUAUCUCUUUGUAAAUUCACAAACCUCUUGCAUUCUUUGUCCCCCGAGGAGUUUACUCUUACUUUUGCAGAAGACACCAAGGCUAGGAUGGCAACCGUAGCAGUUUUCACCAUAGCAAACAGGUACGGCGACUAUCUCCGAACUGCUUGGAAGAAUAUAGUAGAUUGUAUCUUAAGCUUGCACAAGCUGGGUUUUCUUCCAUCCCGUCUAAUUAGUGAUGCAGCUGACAACGUGGACUCGUCUUCAGACACUGGCUUGGAACAGCCAUCAACAAGUUCGAAGAAAACCGUGGCUCAUGUGCCACCACCGCCAGUCCCUCAUCGUAAAUCGUCUAGUUUUAUAGGACGGUUCAGCCAAUUGUUGUAUCUCGACACAGAAGAGCCACCACCACAACCAACCGAAGAAGAACUUGCAGCCCACAGAUCGAUUAUCGAGGUGAUUCGAGAAUGCCAUAUAGAUAGCAUAUUUGCUGAAAGCAAAUUCCUUCAAGCUGAAUCACUUUCGCAGCUCACCCAGUCUCUGAUUUCCAGUCGAAAGGGGAAUAACGUUCAAGAAGACGAGACUGUCUCAGUCUUUUGCCUUGAAUUACUCAUCACCGUAACGUUGAAUAACCGCGACAGGAUUAUGCUUCUCUGGCAAUCUGUUUACGAACACAUAGCUAACAUCGUUCAGUCGUCUACAAUGCCGGGUCUUCUAGUCGAAAAGGCGGUUUUCGGUCUACUCAAAAUAUGCCAUCGGCUUCUUCCCUACAAGGAAAACCUUACCGACGAGCUUCUGAAGUCGCUCCAGCUCGUUUUAAAGCUCGACGCACGAGUAGCCGACGCGUAUUGCGAACAGAUAACCAUGGAAGUUAUGCGUCUCGUCAAAGCAAACGCAAUUCAAGUCAGAUCCCACGUCGGUUGGAGAAUGAUAACUUCCCUCAUUUCCAUAACCGCCCGCCAUCCGGAAGCUUCCGAACCCGGGUUCGAAACGCUAUCGUUUGUUAUGUCGGACGGGGCCCACUUGUCUCCGGCGAAUUACGUUCUCUGCAUUAACGCAGCUCGUCAGUUUUCCGAGUCUCACGUAGGUAACGCUAGUCGGUCGGUUAAAUCACUAGAUCUGAUGGGGGGUUCGGUAUUCUCUCUAGCGAAAUGGUCUAAAACUUUGGGAUCGGAUGCUACGAAAAUGCAUCACGACAUAGCCGAAAUGUGGUUGCGCCUGGUGCAAGGGCUGAGGAAAGUUUGCGUAGAUCAACGUGAAGAAGUUAGGAAUCACGCGAUUCUAAUGCUGCAGUUGAGUCUGACUGGAGCUGAAGGUAUUUGUCUCUCGGGAGAGAUCUGGUUACAGUGUUUCGAUCUCGUCAUAUUCAAAUUGCUCGACGAUUUAUUAGAAAUCGCUAAGGAACAGUCGCCGAAGGAUUAUAGGAACAUGGAGAGUUCAAUAUCAAACUCGGUGAAACUGAUGUCGAAAGUGUUGUUGCAGUCUCUUCAGGAUCUAUGGAGAAUGACUUCUUUCGCGAAAGUGUGGGUAGGUGUACUUAAUAAUAUGGAGAGAUGCAUGAAGAUGAAGUUUAGAGGGAAGAGGAGCGAAAAGAUUCACGAAUUGGUCCCCGAGCUUCUCAAGAACAUUCUGUUAGUGAUGAAGGCGGGAGGGAUGCUUGCUCCCAUUGAUGAUAGUUUCUGGGAGCUAACAUGGCUGCAUGUGAAGAACAUAGCUCCGAAAUUGCAGGAGGAAGUGUUUCCGGCGAAAGAAUUGGAGCAGUUGCAUUCGAAGCAACCGGUUAUUGAAGAAGGUAAUAUUUUGGUGUCCUCAGGUGAGACUACUACUACUACAGCUUGAUAUUUGUUUAAUUUACCAUAAAUUUGUGUACUUUUUUUUUUUUUCCCUUCACUAAACUAAACUGUAGAGAAAGAGAGAUGGAAGCAGUUUUUUUUUUGGUUCACAUAGGGGAAGCAUUGAGGGGAAAAAGAAAUGAAGCCCUUUGAAAAGGGUUGUUGGUAUUUUUUGGGGGUAAUUUGCUUCUUAUUAUUAUUAACAUAUUCUUACUCUGGAGGGGAUAUAAUCAGUUUUGUGUUUACAUAAAAGGGUGGUGUAUGAUGAUAUGUCUAGUUAAUUUCCUCAUCUUAUUUGUGUGUACAUCUUUGUGAGCAUUCAUAUUUCAUACCCAUAAAUAAUGCUGUGUUUGUUACUUUCAUUGAUUUUUAUAUAGGAGAAUGAAUCAAGUGGCAUUUCAUGCUUAAAGCUAUGUGGUUGUUGUUUGUUGUUUUGAACUUCA